GCGGCGGCGGCCGCCCAUUUCUUCGGCGGGCCGGCCGGGGCGGGCAUAAGAUGGCGGCCAGGUUGAGCGGCGGCGGUGGGGAGCACCGGCUGGUGUCGCUGCCCCUGUCCCGCAUCCGAGUGAUCAUGAAGAGCUCCCCGGAGGUCUCCAGCAUCAACCAGGACGCGCUCUUCCUCACUGCCAAGGCCACGGAGCUUUUUGUCCAGUAUUUGGCAUCCUACUCCUACAAACACGGCCGAGGCAAGGAGAAGAACGCUCUGACUUACAGUGACCUGUCUCAUACUGCAGAAGAGUGUGAAACCUUCCAGUUCCUUGCAGAUAUCCUGCCAAAGAAGAUCCUAGCUAGCAAAUACCUAAAAAUGCUCGAAAAAGAGAAGCGAGAUGGAGAAGUGGGGGAAGGCGAAGAGGAGGAUGAGGAGGAAGAUGAUGAAGAUGAAGCUGUGGGUGAAGAUGUUGGAUCUUAAGGCUAGAGGAGAACUACUUCGUAGCCGAUCCGUUCUCUGUUGUAUAAAGGAUGUUAUUUUUGUGACUGAGAUUCCAGAAGCUGGAUAUAUUUAUAUACUGAGCCAUUUGCUUUUGCUUUAAGAAGUUUAAAAGAAAUUGAACUUUGGUUCUUGCUGAAGAAUGGAAUUCUUCCCUCGGAAAACUCGGUGGGGAAGAGAAACGCUCACGUAAAUUUGACAGAACUCAUUGAGGCGAUUCCCUAUGAGACUUCUUCAGACAAUCCUUACCAAAUUUACAAAUCCUUCAGGGCAGCUUUCAGUCCAAAAGCUGUUUCAGCUCUCUAGGAGGGGGCUCUACCCUGGUUUCUUUCUCCUCAGAGUGGGAAAAUAAGGGGAGGGGAGGUGUUUUACACAGUAUCUUACUGUCUGCUGUCCUGGCCUUCUCUGAAAAGUGUUGUGUAAAACUGGAACGCAGCCCCUGGGGGUGUCCCCGUGCAGAAACGGGGAGAGGAUGAGAGCCCUUCUGAGAGCUGGUGUGGUUCGGUGGCUGUGGUGGUAAGAAAAUAGAUAGCUAACGUUAGAAAACGAUGUAAAUAUGUACAUGGAGAACCUUGCUCUGUACCCAGCUCUCCACGUCUGCAGUGUGUCUGUGGUGUCUGACAAAACACGUGUUGUUUGAGGCCUGGUAAAGGUGGGUCGUUGAGUGAACCAUUCACCAUUUAAGUGAGAGCUGGAUUAUUUUUUUUUACACUAUAAAGGUAACUUUCCUGUGUACAACUUUAUAUGCGACUUUGAAAUAAACGUUUUUUAUGAAAAGUGA